AUGCAAGAUCAAAAGCAACAAGAAAGUGAAUUUCAGGCUGGUAUCCCGCCACGCUUAAUAGCCAUAUUUUACGCGAUUUUCGACGAUGAUAGAGGACCAACAGUAUCACUUGAGGUCCCCGAGGGUUCCAUUCUACCAAUAAAAUCCUCAAAUCCAAUAAUUGAUUUUGAAUCAAUUUCAGAAUAUAUUAUUCCAAAGAAAGAAUUAUGUGGUCAUUUGGUCACUAUAUGCACAGAUUCGUACAAGGUUAUGGGGUUCCCUACUAUUAUACGAGACAACAAGUAUCCAAGAUACAAUUUUGAAUUCAAUAUAUGCUUUGUAUUUGAACGCAGCGCUGAUACUUCAAGCUAUGAGCCAGUCGUAAGAAAAGUUGCAACAAUAUUUCACUCCUUGGAGGUUGAAAUCGAGUUUUUAUAUAAUAAUAAAAAUUAUGAUUUUAUGUACAAUAUUAUCGAGCAACUUCUUGAAGAUCUCAACAAUUAUUGUGAAAGUCAAAUAUACAUUAAUGAAUUAAAUACAAUAAAUCUUAAAUUAUACCCGACUUAUCGACAUCCGCCGCCAGUAUAUGACUACCAAGUGCCAAUAAGCACCGUAAAUCUUCAAGGCUUAAUGGAUGAAAACUGGGAUAUAACAAUGAAGAAGGUUGCAAAGCGCAUAAACGGAAUUGACCACGUGAAGAAAAUUGCAGAUUUAGCAGAAGUAGAUUGCAGUCUCGCGAGAAAAUGCAUGCAACACCUUUUAUAUUAUGGAUGCAUUAUAAUGAUUGAUAUCUUUCAGUUUUCGAAUGUUUACACGCCAAAACCAGAAAUUACUAAAAUAAUUGACGACAAAAAGAUUCAGCAUGAAUGUUUAUCCUAUGUGCGAAAGGAAGGCGCGAAAUCCCCGUCAUUUACUAAACUGUUCUCUUUCUACUGCGAUUUGAAAUACGGAAUGACCGUUAAAGAAUGGCUUAUGGAAAAUAAAGAAAUUGCUGCUUCAAACAUUGAUAUUCGACGAUUCAUAUCCUUUGGCAUAAUAAGGUCAUUUAUAUACCGAGUUCACAAAUAUCCUAUUCUUCCUGAGCCUCAUCAAUCAAACAAAUUACCGGAAAAUUUGUGCAGACUACUUGAUGGUAAGCAUCACUACGACGAGAUAUGUACAAUGGAAAAUAUUAGUGCGAAGGGAUUAGAUGAAAUUUUGAGUCAAGAACCAGAA